CCAUAAGACUCAGAAUCUAUAAAGUGACAGAUUACUACUAUUGCGACGACUCAACCGAUUAUAUGUUUAUGUUGAUUUUGAAUAGUUUUUACCCAAACGAAUUUUAUAGAAGCUGACUGAAAAGCUGAGUGUUUGGCUGUUCACGGCAGCUUCUCGUGACCAGAAGCUGCGAAAAGCCGAAACAAAACGGGGCCAACGAUUGAUGAAGCAACUGUGCCGCGUCCGCGUCCCGUCAUAAAUAUCUGCUACAAGCCCACAAUCACGAACAUUUCGGAGCAGGACCCAUUUCUCAGGCCCAGUACUUUUCUAGGGGCAGGCAUCGUUGUUCAGUUUCUUCUCCAUUAUGGUUGAUGAUUGUUGAACUGAAAGACUUUGUAGGUUCUUUUAAAUUAGAUGGAGAAAUACAGCAAAUCCCAAGAUGCUGUAUUUGAAAGUAACGCCCAUUACAAUGCUACGGCACAAUAAAUGAAUGAAAUUGUUGGUGCAGCCGACCGAGAGCAAGGCGGGGCUGUGCAGCGUGACCGGAGGCCGUCUAUCAGUGAACAGAUAAACAGAGAAAGCGGCCACGGUUGAGAGUUGAGAGGCCACGAACCCCACCAAGAUUCCACAAAACUCCAUCACCAGAUCCAGAACCCACUUCCACUUCCUCUCUCGUGUUUUCAUUUUAGGCCAGAAUAAACUCCAGCCACUUCGGCAUGCGCCGGGAAUUUGAUUCUUCUGCCUAAAAUAGUCACGCUACCUUCCACCUCCCCCUACUACUCUGACUCUCCCUCGUCUUCUUCGCUACCAAGAUGAUGGCGGAGGCGUGGACGCCGGUGCUGUUGCCGGCGACGGCGCCCUGCUUCUGGCAGCAGGACACGCACUCGGUUUUGUGGCGGAGAGGAGACGCGUGGACGGCGGAGGAGAACAAGCUGUUCGAGAAGGCGCUGGCGCAGAUCGACCGGAACGCGCCGGACAGGUGGGAGAAGGUGGCGGCGGUGCUGCCCUGGAAGACGGUCGACGACGUGAGGAGCCACUACCACGCCCUCGAGAAGGACGUGGGCGUCAUCGAGGCCGGCGGGCUCGUGCCGUUCCCGCGCUACAGCGGCUCGGUCCCGCCGCCGUCCGGGUUCGCCCUCGAGGACUGGGGCGGCGGCGACCGCGGGUUCAGGCGCGCGCGCGGCUCGGAGGAGAUGCAGGAGCGGAAGAAGGGUGUCCCCUGGACGGAGGAGGAGCACAAGUAAGUAGGCAACAGUCCCACCAGCACCCCGUCGCCGCCGUGCUGGGACGACGACGGGGUCGGGUCGGGGUCGAUGGAUGGGUCGGGUCCGCUCGCCUUCUUUUCCCGCUGAAAAUGGCGAGUUUGGUUUCGUCUCUCACAGGCUUUUCUUGAUGGGGCUGAGGAAGUACGGGAGAGGGGACUGGAGGAACAUCUCGCGCAAGUACGUGACGACCCGGACGCCGACGCAGGUGGCCAGCCACGCGCAGAAGUACUUCAUCCGGCUCAGCUCCGGCGGCAAGGACAAGCGGCGGUCCAGCAUCCACGACAUCACCACCGUCAACCUCCCAGGCGACGCCCCGCGCUCGUCGCCGCCCGCGGCCACCACCAACCCCUCCGCCGGCGCCCUGGUGGUGGACGUGAAGCCCUUCGUGUGACGAGGAUGAAGAGUGGCACAGCCUCGUCGUCCAGCUGCCAGCUCGCGGCAGCUCCGAGCGACUGCGUUCAUCGAGAACAAGACGCCAUGGGCGGCAAUGCGGCAUCCGUUUCAGUUCAGUGUACAUAAUUCGGCAAGUACAGAGCCCAACAACUUCCACGUAAAAGGGUCUCGCGAGGUUUUUGUCCGCCAGCCAUUGCUGCUUGCCGUACGUCGCUGUAGAAGAAACCUGAAACACGGCCAGCCACGAUCACAUGUGAUGCGUUUAGGGUUUAGUCACUUUAGUGUGUGAUGCUUGCUUGCUCUUGCAGGGUCUCGCAGUAGUAGGCACUGAGUUGGACGUCCACCGAGGAAGAAGGUAUCAUAUGAAAUCUAUAAACAAUACUAAAAUAAAAUAAGAUAUCGGGCCUGCUCCCCAGUCCCCCCAUAGCAUACUGAAAUCUGACGAUUGUCCCCCGUUUCGUUUUAAUCGCGCUCGCCUCUGUUGCGUUAGCAGAUCAUGGCGUGCCCUGCCCUGCCCUGCCUCGGCUGCCUGAGCUGGCCCCAGCCACACACCGAGGGCCAGAGCCAGGCUGCUCCGGCCGCAACUUGCCGCGCGGCGGGGCCCCGUGAGCACAAGGGCACACGAAAGAUUCACAUGCGAAUCCAACGCGACGUCGUCGGGCUGGGGUGGGUUUGUGCUUUCUCUUUCACCACCCAACCCGCUUUCCGGUUCCCGGGAGACGGCAACGGUAGCCACCAACCCUUCCUAUGACACGAGCACUUGCACUCGCGUUGAGGUGCGCUGCUACGGGUGACGCUUUGCGCCCCGCUCCGGCGACUUUCGCUCGUGCCAGGUGAAAGCCCGCCCCCGGCCGGCAUCGGCGUUGCUAGCAGUGCUGCUCCGCUCCGGUCUUUACGCUGCCAUUGCGCGCGGGUGAAAGUGGUGGCAAAGCGGCGAGGGCCGUGGUCCGUGGAGCUUUUGGGCGUCAUGUCCACUUUAAUAUCUUCAGCAUCUUAUUCAUAUCUAUACCUAUAUUUAAACUCUAUUUUAAAACAAUACAGUAUAUAUUACAUAUCAUUAAAAAACAAUGCAUAUAAAUAAAAUUUAGAUAAUUUGCUGGAGUCGGUCUUGUAUAGCCCUUUACCUCAGGCAGUAAAAUGUUCAGAUUCGGCAAACGGGCACGGGCUAUAUAAUCGUGGAAAUAGAGGCGCAGCGCAGGGCACUGUUUCCGCCGAGGCCCUUUUCUGGCGCCGGACCACCGCACCAUGGCGUCCCUUGUCGCGAGCCGAUAUGAAAAGUUUGUGGUUUUAUUAUUUUUUUUUCUUUUUCUUUUUUACCUAGAGCGCACUACGGCACUAGAGAGCUAGAGCAUCCUUUUUUCACACCGCUAUAUCUGAGGAAGUGGUGCGUGUACCUGCUGCGCACCAAUUUUGGUAUAGCAGCUGGAGCAUCUUUAACAGGUACUACAACGAACUCUGAACUUCCAGUCUUCCACCAUGGUAUGGCAUGCAUGCUUUCCCUUUUCCAUGGUUGACUUUGUUAGCAUUCUGUUGUAUAGCGUAGCCAAGGUUGUUAGCAUCUAUGCUAGAUUAACUCCUAGAUUAGCUCCUAGACGGUUUUAGUUUUGUAUCUAUCCUGUGCACAUGCUAUCUAUAUAAAGAAACAAAGCAAGCACCGAGGUGCUGUGCCACCAAUUAUAUUCUUCCUAUUGCAUUGUUCAACUUGGUAAUCAGAGCAUUCGAUCCAUUUUUUUUCCCCCACCCCGCCCAUCGUCCAUCGCUGCUCCAGUAUUUAUGGCUCUCACCAAUUCCACCUUCCCAGGCACCAUUGCCUCCUCCUCCCCGAGCCUAUCUCUUUCUUCCCUUGGUCACGCCAUCACCGUGCGUUUGACUCGGGAGAAUUUUUUCCUUUGGAAAGCCCAAGCUUCCCCGGUGCUGCGUGCUCAUCAGCUUUUCGGCUAUGUGGAUGGUUCCAUCAAGGCUCCGUCCGAGUUCAUCACUACCGGAUCUGGUGCUGAAGCACGUCAGGUCCCGAAUCCUGCGUAUUUGCUUUGGUAUACUCAGGAUCAGCUUGUUCUGAGCACUCUUGUCUCCUCCAUGAGUGAAGACAUGCUGGGCCAGAUGACACAGUACAAGACCGCCGUCGAUCUCUGGACGGCUCUGCAUGAGAUGCUUUCUUCUCAUAAUCGUGCACAGAUUAUGCAAGUUCGCUAUCAACUCUCCAAUACCAAGAAGACGUCGGACAUGACUGCUUCUGCUUAUUUUCAGCGGAUGAAGAGUUAUGCCGACACCAUGGCAUCUCUGGGUUAUCCGCUGAAUGAUGAAGAGAUUCUUGGUUACAUGCUCGCUGGCCUUGGUGCCGAGUUCGAGCCUCUUGUUGCUGCUAUAACUGCCCGUGAUGAUCCCAUAAGUCUCACCAGUUUUUUUUCCCAGCUCCUCAGUGCAGAAGUGCGUCUCUGUCGGCAUGCUCCGACCACUGAAAUCCUGUCCUCCGCCAACACUGCAACUCGUCAGCCAUUUACUCGUGGAGGCAGCCGUGGAGGACCUUUCCGUGGGCGUAACCAGGGUCGUGGCCGCGGUGGCCCUGGUCGCGGCCAUUCUCAUGGUGGCGUCAAACCCACCUGCCAGGUGUGCGGCAAAUAUGGUCACGAUGCGCUGCGUUGCUAUCAGCGUUUCAAUCAUGCUUUUCAGCCUGAAGAUUCUCGCAGCCGCUCUGCCAAUUCUGCAAACACUGGUGCAUACAACAUUGACACAGACUGGCUUCUAGAUAGCGGGGCCAAUGAUCAUUUGACAAGUGAUCUUGAUCGCCUAACCACACACGAGCGUUUUUCUGGGAAAGACACUGUUCAGGUUGCCAACGGUUCAGGUUUGUCAAUUUCUCAUUUUGGUCAAUCCUUGCUACCCGGCUCCUCUCGUCCUCUCUAUCUUCGUAAUGUUCUCCAUGUUCCUGGUUUAAGCAACCAUCUUUUAUCUGCUCACCGAUUAGCUUCUGAUAACAAUGUUUUCAUUGAGCUUCAUCCAAAUUUUUUCUGUGUGAAGGAUCGGGUAACUCAGAAAACGCUCCUUCGAGGUAAAAGUCAUAAUGGGCUUUAUCCGGUGCCAUGCUCCCCACAUUCGGCGUCCCCCCCAAGUCGAUUAGGCCUUACUGCUGUCAUGGCGUCCACAGAUCUCUGGCAUCAGCGGCUUGGGCAUCCCUCGUUUAGUAUUGUGUCUUCAGUUCUUAGGUCCAAUAAACUAGCAUGUGCACCUAGUCAGUCGUCUUCAGUUUGUGAUUCGUGUCAGCGUGCCAAAAUUCAUCAGUUACCUUUUUAUAAAUCCAAUCAUGUUUCAUCCUCUCCACUAGAACUUGUUCACUCCGAUGUAUGGGGUCCUGCUAUCACCUCUGUCGGUGGUUUUAAAUAUUAUGUGAGUUUUUUAGAUGAUUAUAGUCGAUACACCUGGAUCUAUCUCCUUAAACGCAAAUCUGAUGUUGAACAUGCCUUCCAUCUAUUUCAGAAACAUGUUGAGCGCUUGCUCAAUGCAAAAAUACGUAUCUUCCAAUCCGACUGGGGAGGCGAGUAUCAACGUCUCUCUCGUCAUCUUGCCUCCACCGGCAUUCAGCAUAGAGUCACUUGUCCUCAUACUUCCCAACAAAAUGGUAUUGCUGAACGUAAAUAUCGCCAUAUAGUCGAAACUGGUCUUGCUCUUCUUGCCCACUCCUCUCUACCGGUCAAAUUUUGGGAUGAGGCUUUCAUUACUGCUUGUUAUUUAAUCAAUCGUAUGCCCACACGUACACUUCAUAAUUCCACUCCCUUAGAACUUAUAUUCCAUGAAAAACCUGAAUAUUCUCUUCUUCGUGUUUUUGGUUGUGCCUGCUGGCCUAACCUCCGUCCAUAUAACAAUCACAAGCUAUCCUUCCGCUCCAAGCAAUGCGUUUUUCUCGGCUAUAGUUCUAUGCACAAGGGCUACAAAUGUUUAGAUCGUUCUAAUGGACGCAUCUAUAUUUCUCGUGAUGUUGUUUUUGAUGAACAUCUGUUUCCUUUCGCAUCUUCUAAUCCUUCUUGUGAGCCGGAUGCUUAUGUUGAUCAUAUGAGAAAUUAUAGACCUGAAUUAUUGGCUUCUAAUCUGUCUGUCGAGUGUUCUCCUGUGUCUGUUUCAGAUGCAUCGUCUUCGGAUUCUUCAAAUCACGCAUCGGCGCCCUCAUCUCGAUUGGAUAUAAUUCCAGCUGCAGUAUGCACUCCAAUACGAUCAGAUACUGAUCAUAAUUCCUUGCCAUCUGCUGCUUUGCCGAUCACAUCCUCAGACAUGUGCACAGCUGCGUGCCCAUCGCAUAACCAUCCAACAUUAACCAGCCCACCAGCUGCUACUUCUUCCAGCCCGCCAGAUGCUACUUCUCCACUGCCAGCUGCUACUUCGCCCAGCCCGCCAGCUGCUACUUCUCCACUGCCAGCUGCUACUUCUCCACCAUCUAUGCUGCGCAUGCAUGAGGACACGAACACAAAUCCUGCUGAAACCUAUCCAGCAGCCGUACAUGCACCUCAUGUGCACUCGCCUGACGCGUUGUCUGCUGAUGCGCUUCCGCCUGCUACCGAGUCUGCUGCCGGCCCUACAGACUUGGUUAUUUCUACCACGGCUCCAACUUCGACCAUUGUCACUCGCCUUCGAAACAACAUCAGCAAGCCUCUGCUGCAUACCGAUGGAACUAUUCGGUAUAAUCCAUCAAGUCGAAGUUUUGGCUUAUCUGCUGUUCCUAUGAAUUAUCAUCAUGCUCUAGCCAACGAAAAAUGGCGCCUUGCCAUGGAUGCUGAGUAUACUGCACUGAUGCAAAAUGGUACAUGGUCCCUGGUUCCCAAGCCAUCUGGACACAACAUCAUUAGUUGCAAAUGGGUUUUUCGCAUAAAGGAACACGCUGAUGGCUCCGUGGAUAAAUACAAAGCUCGUCUUGUUGCUCGGGGAUUCACUCAACAGCACGGCAUUGAUUACUUUGAGACGUUUAGUCCAGUCGUAAAAAUGUCUACUGUCCGGCUUGUGCUCUCUAUUGCCAUAUCUCGUCAAUGGGAUAUCCGUCAACUUGAUAUUAGCAAUGCUUUUCUUCAUGGUGUUCUUAAUGAGGAUGUGUAUAUGCAUCAGCCCCCGGGGUUUCAAGAUCCUUCAAAACCUGGUUUUGUCUGCAAGCUUCAUAAAGCUAUAUAUGGGCUUAAACAGUCUCCUCGUGCAUGGUACUCUCGUCUUAGUGAUCGUCUCUGCCAGCUUGGUUUUGUUCCUUCGGUUGCUGACACUUCUCUCUUCACCUUUCAUCAAGGCGCAGUUAUCAUGUAUUUAUUGGUUUAUGUUGAUGAUAUAAUUAUUGUUAGCUCUUCACCGUCCAUCACUCAGCUUCUCUUGCAGCAGCUUUCAGUGACUUUUCCAGUCAAGGAUCUUGGCCCUCUUCAUUUUUUUCUCGGCAUUGAAGUGGCUUCCAAUUCCGGGGGUAUGACACUCACUCAGCAGAAAUAUGCCCGUGAUAUUCUUCGUCGCGCUGACAUGGAGAAUUGCAAGUCAGUCCCGACUCCCUUAUGCGUUACUGACAAGCUUUCUCGACAUCAUGGCAACAAGCUAGGUGACAAAGACGCUUUUGUUUACCGCAGUAUAGUUGGGGCUCUUCAGUAUCUUACUCUCACUCGACCUGAUUUAUCUUUUGCGGUAAAUAAAGUAUGUCAGUUUCUCGCUCAGCCAGCCGAUAUUCAUUGGGAAGCUGUAAAACGCAUUCUUCGAUUUGUAAAAGGAACACUUCAUACUGGAUUAUAUCUCCGAAAGACUGGUUCUACUUUAUUGAGUAUCUUUACAGAUGCGGAUUGGGCUGGUUGUAUUGAUGACCGACGUUCUACUGGGGGUUUUGCUAUUUUCUUUGGUUCCAAUCUUAUAUCCUGGAGCGCUCGCAAGCAACCUACAGUAUCUCGUUCAUCCACUGAGGCUGAAUAUAAAGCACUAGCUAAUGGCACUGCUGAAGCUAUCUGGAUACAAUCUUUGCUCAAAGAACUUCGUAUUAUGCAGCCACGUCCUCCUGUUCUUUGGUGUGAUAAUUUGGGAGCCACAUACUUAAGCGCCAAUCCUGUUUUUCAUGGUCGAAUAAAGCAUGUUGAGGUGGAUUUUCAUUUUGUUAGGGAGAAAGUGGCUCUUGGAGCAUUGCAGGUCCGGCUUAUAUCAUCUGGAGAUCAGAUCGCUGAUAUAUUUACUAAGCCUGCAACCAAACAGAUGUUGGAGCGCAGUCGUUUCAAUCUUAACCUUGUGUCCACCGGUUAAGAUUGCAGGGGGAUGUUAGCAUUCUGUUGUAUAGCGUAGCCAAGGUUGUUAGCAUCUAUGCUAGAUUAACUCCUAGAUUAGCUCCUAGACGGUUUUAGUUUUGUAUCUAUCCUGUGCACAUGCUAUCUAUAUAAAGAAACAAAGCAAGCACCGAGGUGCUGUGCCACCAAUUAUAUUCUUCCUAUUGCAUUGUUCAACUGACUUGUCCGCCUCCCAACCACUGAUCCAAUAAAUACACUAAGCAACGCAACAACAAAAAAGCUAAAUAAAUAUAUCGACUUUGUUGGUCUCUUCCUCUUCACUCGCAACCCUACGCUAGCUGUAAUAGCGUUGAAAGGAAUCCAACAAAUCAGCACAUCGCUUGAAUGCCCACCAUGGAAUUUACAGCACCAUCAGGAAGGAAGGGGCUUGGGCUGUGCUGUCAAGGUUCCCCCGCCUUUGCAUUGCGAGCAGGAUAGACAAGUCCAGAGUUUUAUAGAGUUUCAGCAAGCUCACAAAGUCACAACCAACCAGAGUAGUUUUAUUGCUCCAACUUGUCUCUCACCAGAGAAGUUAGUUUUAUUACUCAGCACCUCCUUAGACUGGCGCGGUUGCCAUCCCUUCGACAAAGAUGCCACUGAAAUCGUCACCUCCAAAGCCGCUGAUGAUUCCAAUAGCGCUCUGAUGUGAAAAACCAGACUGCAAUAUGCAUCAGAUCGAGACAAAUAUUUGCAGUAGUUGCAAGUCUGAUAGUUCGGUUAUCUUCAUGUCUUCUCCCCUCUUGCCUAAGUACUCAGCGUCGGAGCCAUUAUGGGCCAGACAAUAGCUUGUUAGGCCUCGUUUGUGUUGUGGGCUGGUUAGGUCUCCGCAUCCUUCGAGACGAAGAUAGUAAAUUCCACCAUAUUCGAGUUGAAAUGGAUAAUUAUUUAUAGUUAUUUAUUUGUAUCCGUACUCAUUGACAACUAGGGAGUAAACCACUUACACCAUUUUGUCUUAAACUUAAAGACAAUAAAGAAGCGCUUAGAUGGAUGAAAACAAAUUAAAAAUUCCCGAUGGUUAGGAUUGGAACGAGCUAUCAACAUAAAUACAUAGAAAAUUAUAAUCGAUACGACUAAUCGAUCGUCACUGUUAUAUUUCUGCACUACAUCGACUAGGAUGAUUACUUCGACCAACAUUAUGUCUACUCUAGAGUAUAAUUCUUAUUUCACUAGUUUCAACUAUUUUUGUCUUUACUUUACUCAUAUUAAACAUAUUAGAUCCACAUGUGCACCUUUCUAUAUAUAUUGUUACUGCCUUACUGGUUGUUCAAUAUCAAUUUACAUGCGCUGCGUGAAAAUAAAAAGAAAC